CGUCCCAGGGACGCCGAGUGGGCUGGGCCUCCGCGGCCCUGCGGCCUGGGGUUCCCUCACGCGGGUGUAGCCUCACUAGGCGGAGAAGCCCAAGGGGGUACGGUCCGGCCAUCCGCCUCUUGCCCACGCUGUGACUCCCACAGCAGACCGGCACACGGAGACAGAACCAACUCCAGGAGGAUGGUCCAGAGUUGGGUGCCUGCCCAGAGCAGGCAUCUCCUGGGAGGCCACUGGCUGUUAACAAGACAAGUGCUUUCAUAAAGCUUCUUUACAGAAUUUACAGAUUCAGAAAUCGUUUAUAUUGAAGGAAAUGAAACGAAAUAGCACCAAAACCAAUGGCAAUGGCGCCAAAUCAGGCUGCCCCAAGGCCAGGAAUUUAACGUACAAAAUGGCGAUUAUACCUGAUUGUCCUGCUUCGUCUCCUCACACACAAAGAUUCACAAAUUUAAGACCCCAUUCUUCACCAUGUAGAAUCUAUUCAAGAAAUACUUUCCAAAACAUGUUCAGACCUUCUUCUUCAACCACAGCAUUUGCAAAUCCAAUACUGUCCUUCUUCGAUGUCAAAUGGAUUUUAUUUCAAAGAAUUACCGAGAAAAGAGAUGACUUGAGAAAAGCCUUUCAGCUGCUCGAUACCAGUCACAGCCUGACGGUGUCCAGGGGUGAGCUGAGAAGAGUUGUCAACACUUUCCUACUGCCGCUCACGGGAGAACAGUUCCAUGAUGUCCUGGCCCAGAUCCCUCUCACCAGCUCUGGUGCCGUCCCGUACCUUGAAUUCCUGUCCAGAUUUGGUGGAAUUGACCUAAAUAUAAAUGUUAUAGAGAGGGGCAGUGGAGAUGAAAUGAACUGCUGUCGGACAUUGAAAGAACUUGAAACACAAGUAGGAGAAGAGAUUUUCAAAAACAUUAAAACUGUUCUCAAAGCUCUCGAGCUCAUUGAUGUUAACAAGACCGGCCUGGUCCAACCACAUGAGCUGAGGAGGGUGCUGGAGACCUUCUGUGUGAAGAUGAAAGACGAUGAAUACAGAAGGUUUGCACAACACUACAGCAUUGAUAAAGAUACUGCUGUGGACUAUAAUGUGUUUUUGAAGAACCUCAGUAUGAAUAAUGACUUGAACCUUAGGUACUCUAUGGGAAAUCAAGAGGUCUCAUGGGAGAAUCAAGUCAAAAAUUCCCAAAGGGAGCACCUCCCCAAUUCUGAUUCAUCUGAUGAUGUCUGGAAAGACUCCUCCUUAGAUGACAUUGAGAGGACCUUUCGCCAAGAGCUGUCGAAGUCCUAUGAAAGGGUUGAAAAAGCCCUGAGUGCAGGGGACCCUUCUAAAAGUGGGUGCAUAUCUUUGAAUUACCUGAAGGUUGUCCUCGAUACCUUUGUAUACCGAUUACCAAGAAGAAUUUUUAUCCAGUUAAUGAAAAGAUUUGGACUUCACACCACCAGCAAAGUCAAUUGGAAGCAAUUUCUGACGUCACUGUACGAGCCUCCGUGGUUGGAAGUUAACAAUUCAAUUCCCAUGACCAAAAAAACCAGUACCAACUCUACAAAUCAAUCUCGCAAGGAAAAUAUUGUCACCAAGUUACUUAGACAUGAUGAUCACUACAUGUUAUUGAAGAAAGCACUACUGAUCCUUAACACUAAACUGGAUAGACCGAUAACAGGGGAAGAAUUGCGCCAUAUUAUAAAUUGCAUGUUCAUAAAAAUAAGUGAUUCAGAAUUCAAAGAACUGAUGCAGACGCUUGACCCCAAGGACACUGGACUGGUUAGUGUCCGAGCGUUCAUUGAGCUGCUCCAGGAGGACCCUAAAGUGGAAGAAAUUGUUCAUGACGCCAUUACUAGGAAUCUUGUAGCUUUCUAUAAUAUGCUACAGUCCUAUGACUUCAAAGACACAGGGCUCAUUGGUCGAAGUAAUUUCAAGAAAAUCAUGCACAUAUUCUGCCCACUUUUAACGAUGGAACAGUUAUCAAAACUCUGCAAUAAGUUUCAGGAUGUGGCUUCGGGAAGAAUCGUCUACAAGAAACUCUUGGCGGGCAUCGGAGUCGGUGGGCCGCCCACCAUCUUCCCUGUGACCGCCCCUAAGGACCGGCCGCUAAGCGCACAGGAGCAGCAGCCGGCGCCUGCUGAGAGAACCGUGCCCACCGAGGACGCAGGCAGCGUGACCAAGAGCAUGACCACGGAGGAAGUUAUGGAAAAACUCAGACACUGUAUCCAGCAGCAGGACCCCACGUUCAAACAACGAUUUCUUGAGUUCAGCAGGGAACUUCACGGCAAAAUUCAAGCGCAGGACUUCAGAAAGGUCCUGGAAGAUAAUGGAAUGCCCAUAGAUGAUGACCAGUACGCUCAGCUGACUGCAAACAUAGGCUAUAAGAAGGAAGGGAUGAGCUACCUGGAUGUUGCAACAGGACUUGAAGGUACUAGCAGGAGUGGGCCGGAAGUGACGCCAUGUCAGACUCCAGUUCUUUCAAUAAGCAACUUGGACAGCUUGGUGACUGCUGAAGAAUGCCUGAAACUUUUCCCCCGGAGACUGAAGGAAUUCUUCCGGGACCCCUACGCUGCCUUCUUUAAGAUCGACACAGACCGGAACGGCAUUGUCAGCAUGCAGGACCUCCGCAAGUUACUGCAGCACCUACUGUUCAGCCUCAAAGACGAAGAGUUUGAGCAUUUCCUGGGCCUUCUCGGCUUGAGACUUAGCGCCACCCUAAACUUUCGGGAAUUUCGGAAUUUGUUGGAGAAGACACCAUUCAGAACAGAUGACGCACCUCAAAGGCUCAUUAGGUAAGAGGGCAGCACAUGCGAUGGAGAGCUGGGGUGUUGAGAGGAUGAGCAGCGUGUGCUGACAAUGGCAAGGUUACGUACUCGUAUCUUGUCCAAGAACUUUAUAGAAACGGAUAACGAGGGCAACGGCAUUCUCCGACGGCGGGACAUGAAGAACGCGCUGUAUGGUUUCGAUAUUCCCCUCACACCGCGAGAAUUUGAAAAGCUUUGGACGAGGUAUGACACCAAGGGAAGAGGACACAUAACUUACCAAGAAUUUUUACAGAAGCUGGGGAUUCACUACUCAGUGGACGUGCAUCGGCCCAAUGCAGAGGAUUAUUUCAACUUCAUGGGUCACUUCACAAAGCCACAGCAGGUCCAAGCGGAGAUCAGAGAGCUACAGCGGGCUGCAGAGAAGGCUGUGCCCAUCAGGGAUAAGCUUAAGGACCGUUAUCAAGAUAUCAGCCAAGCGCUCACCAAACUGGAUAAAUCCAAAAAUGGCUCCAUCUCCAUACGCACAAUGCAGAGAGCGCUGCAGGAGUGUGGCUGUCCUCUCAGGGAGCAGGAGCUGACGGAGCUGCUGGACAGCUUGGGGGUCAGCUGGCAAAAUAAUUCCAUCGAUUACCUUGACUUCUUGAGCGCACUGGAGAACAGCGAACCAUCAAGACCUCAGCCUAAAGAAAAAGAAGAGGAUGUGACAAUCGAUUUUGCCACGCUCAGUCCAGAGGAGGUUCUGAAGAGCAUCCAGAAAGUGGUGGCCUCCUCCAGCCCGGCUCUGUCAGAGGCAUUUUCUGCAUUGGAUAAAGAGGACACUGGGUUUGUAAAGGCUUCGGAUUUUGGACAAGUUCUUAAGGAUUUCUGUUACAAACUAACAGACAACCAGUAUCACUGUUUUUUGAGAAAACUGAGAAUUCAUCUAACCCCCUAUAUAAAUUGGAAAUAUUUUCUCCAGAGCUUCAGCUGUUUCCUUGAAAAGGUAAGGCUGGCUGCAGCACAGAAGCAUCUCUUUUUGAAAGGGGGCUAAAAUUAGUUUUUGCAAAAAUAGAUAGUUGAUUAAAACCACAUCAGAUAAAUUAGCACUUACCUCAUGCAAUCAGCUCAUUCUAAAUGAAAAAUUGGCAUAAAUUCUACAUAGAGCAUGAGAAAGUAAAUAUGUACAUUUUACUUCACUUGUAAUUUAUUUUAUUUUCAAAGAAGUUUGGGAGUUUGCUUUUAUCUGGUUGGUAUAAAGUUCUCAGGAACCUUAGAGCCCUGAAAAUGACCUGGUAUCCAGAGAGGAGAGGCCCACUAUGCAUCAGGCCCUGAGCCAGCGGCCGUGGAGGAACUGGGAUCCACUCGGGCCGUUUGCUGAGGACCCACUAUGUGCCGGGCCCUGGCCCAUGUAGCGGUCAAGCCUGGGGUAGAGGUAACUAUGGAGAGAGUGGGCUUAAACCGAGGCGUGCUCAGCGGGACCCAGGCGAAGUCAGGGAGGGCUUCCCAGAGGAGGGAGUGUGGCCGACCACAGGGCCACCUCUCUGGCUGCACAGGCUGCAUAUUCUUAGGUUGUUUUUUGAUCUCCUAAUGUAAAUGGGCCAACAUCAUUAGCAACCAUUACAAUCUAGUUUCAACCAACACGGGUUUCUUUGAUCACCAUUCUGUGCCGAGUGAAAAUGGACACACAAGUGCCUGGCCCCUGUCUUCACAGAAGAAUGGAUGAAACACACACGGGACGCAUGCAGCCGCUAAAUCCCCGCAGACUUCGCUGGAAUAUAUUUCAUGGUCAUUUCCAACUGCCCGCUGUUACAUGUA